AUGGUGGUGAUCAAGCAAUUCUUGGCCGCUGUGGCUCUCUUUGGGAGCAGCGCGGUUGCUGCCCCGUCCCUGGACAUCUCCGCCUCAGUCUCCCUGAACUGGACCAACACCCAAAGUGUUUCCAACCGACCGACCAAGUUCUGGUACUCAAACAUCGAUCACAACACUCGACUCGUCCGCGGCUUUGCUCCCGACCUUGACGGAGAUUUAGACUAUGCGGUCUUCAAAGCCGUGAAACCGGGCGAUGGGGCGAGUAUCCAAGCAGCGAUCAACUCGGGGACGAACGGUGCAAAGAGACACGGCCUAUGGUUUGCUUCCCAGCCACGAGUCGUGUACAUACCGCCGGGAACAUACGAGAUCUCCGAGACCAUUCGCAUGAACACUGACACAAUUCUGAUGGGCGACGCAACAGACGUAAGGACGAUGGCCCUCUCCCACUUGAGUAGAAGACCACCCGUCAUCAAAGCGUCUUCGACCUUCUCCGGGGAUCAAACGUUGAUCUCUGGCCAAGACCCCGCAACUGGCAUCUCCGGGGAACUAUCGUUCGCUGUCUCCUUGAAGAACUUGAUCCUCGACACCACCAGCAUCCCGGGAGGCCAAGCCUUUACAGCACUAUGGUGGGGCGUUGCGCAGGGAGCCCAGUUGCAGAAUGUCAAGAUCCGUAUGGCGCCGGCAAUCGGUGGCAAGGGACACAGCGGUAUUCGUCUCGGGCGCGGCUCAACUCUCGGAGUCUCGGACGUUCGUAUCGAAAACGGGCAAAACGGUAUCUGGUACAACGGACAUCAGCAAGCCGUCUUCAAGAGCAUCUACUUCUUCCAGAACGCGGUAGGAAUGCUCAUCGACGGUGGAGCCACCAUCAGCAUCGUCAACCCAACGUUUGAUGGCUGUGGCAUGGGCGUCUACCACGUCGCCGGCAACCCUUGGAUUGGUCUGAUCGAUGCAACAUCCAUCAACUCCGGUACGACCCUGAAGACGACGGACUGGCCGAACUACCUUGUCGAGAACCUGCGUGUCAUCGGCAGCAAAAGCAAGAACACGGUCGAAGGACCCAGUACCUUUGUUCUGGCCACCAGACCGUACGUAGCACAGCUCUCAUACGGCAACACUGUCGGCGGAAAUCCAAUCUACGAGCCGAUUGAAACGGCGAAGUUGAAUCGUCCUUCCACACUGACCGCUGGACCCGAUGGCCGUUAUUCCUACCUCCCAGCACCGAAUUACGCCGAGCUCAGUGUCCGCGACUUUCUCAACGUCAAGGACCCUCUCCAAAACGGAGGCCACCUCGUCUUCGGCGACAACACCCGGGACGAGUCCUCCACUCUCAACGCCAUCCUUCGUCUCGCCGUGUGGCAGAACAAGAUCGCUUACUUCCCCUUCGGCAAGUACCGCGUCGACUCGACCCUUUUCGUCCCCUCCGGCUCUCGUAUCGUGGGUGAAGCAUGGGCAACCAUCACUGGCUACGGCUCCUUCUUCCAGGACAGCGCUCGUCCCCAACCAAUCAUCAAGGUUGGCAACCCCGGCGAGGUGGGCACGGCUCAUAUCCAAGACAUGCGUUUCACCGUAUCGGACGUGCUUCCCGGAGCCAUCAUAGUGCAGUUCAACCUCGCCGGUGCGAAGCCAGGGGACGUGGCAAUUUGGAACUCACUGGUUACGGUCGGCGGAACCCGGGGAGCGAAGGCGUUAACGGACAAGUGCGUCAACCCCACGACCGACGAGCCGUGCAAGGCCGCGUUCCUGGGUAUCCAUUUCGCUUCGACGUCCUCCGUGUAUCUCGAAAACGUAUGGAACUGGGUAGCCGACCACAUCGCCGAAGAACCGCUGUCGCCGGGAGGGAGCAACAUUGCCGGAAAGGGCGGGGUUCUCGUCGAAGCGACCAAGGGGACCUGGCUGCACGCGCUGGGAUCGGAGCACUGGUGGCUGUACCAGUUGAAUCUGCGGAAGGCAUCAAACGUGUUAGUGACGCUGUUGCAGAGCGAGACCAACUACGACCAGGGAGACAACGCGGUGCAAGUUGUGCCGCACCCGUGGACGCCAGACGUGGAGGGAUGGGGCGAUCCGGACUUUAGCUGGUGCGCGGGACAGGAGAACGAGAAGAGGUGUCGGAUGGGAUUUGCGAACUACGUCAAUGGGGGAAGCGACAUUCGGACUUAUGCCAGUGCCUCGUGGGCGUUCUUCAGCGGGCCGGGAUAUCAAGGGUGCGCGGGGCAGUAUCAGUGCCAGCGAUAUAUGCAUUGGGUAGAAAAGACACCAGCAAAUCUUCAGGCAUUUGGGUUGUGCUCGAAGGAUACGUGGGCGACGUUGAGGUUGGAGGACGGAACUGAGAUUGUGACGAACGAGGGGUUCACCGGGUCGUGGGCUGGGUCGGGAGGCGAUGUCGGCAGGUACACUCCGGAGGCAUCGUGA